GCGGAGCCCCUGGGCGGCGGCGCGCGCGAUGGCUCCGGCCGGGGACCGCGAGGGCUACUGGGGCCCCACGACCUCCACGCUGGACUGGUGCGAGGAGAACUACGCGGUGACCUGGUACAUCGCCGAGUUCUGGAAUACAGUGAGUAACCUGAUUAUGAUUAUACCUCCAAUUUUUGGUGCAAUUCAGAGUGUUAGAGAUGGCCUGGAAAAGCGGUACAUUGCUGCUUAUUUAGCACUCACAGUGGUAGGAAUGGGAUCCUGGUGCUUCCACAUGACUCUGAAAUAUGAAAUGCAGCUUUUGGAUGAACUCCCAAUGAUUUACAGCUGUUGUAUAUUUGUGUACUGCAUGUUUGAAUGUUUCAAGAUGAAGAACUCAGUAAACUAUCAUCUGCUUUUUACCUUAGUGCUCUUCAGUUUAAUAGUAACCACAGUUUACCUUAAGGUAAAGGAGCCUGUAUUCCAUCAGGUCAUGUAUGGAAUGCUGGUCUUCACAUUAGUACUUCGAUCUGUUUAUAUUGUUACAUGGGUUUAUCCAUGGCUUAGAGGACUGGGUUAUACGUCCUUGGGUCUAUUUUUAUUGGGAUUUUUAUUAUGGAACAUAGAUAACAUCUUUUGUGAAUCACUAAGGAACUUUCGAAAGAAGGUGCCGCCUAUUAUAGGUGUUACCACACAAUUUCAUGCAUGGUGGCAUAUUUUAACUGGCCUUGGUUCUUAUCUUCACAUCCUUUUCAGUUUAUAUACAAGAACACUUUAUCUGAGAUACAGGCCAAAAGUGAAGUUUCUCUUCGGAAUCUGGCCAGUGAUCUUGUUUGAGCCUCUCAGGAAGCACUGAUGAAUUAUUCCACCAAGAAAACAAAAAAGCACCUACCAUAGGCCUGGCCGAAUGAAUAAGGAAAUCCUUAAAGAUCUACACAUUCAGAUAUAUCAUGACCAUCACAGCAAAGGAGUGACUUUCGGACUAAUGCUGCCAGCCACACACAGAAUGAGGAAUGGGCUUGUUGGAUGUUUAGCUCAUGUCUUUAUCUCAUUUGUCCUCCUCCCUCUCCCCCUCACCAAAGAUGUUUAAAAUGAAACAGACAUGAUGUGUGUGUAUAUACUUGAGUUCUGGAAAAAUUGGGCUUUUCUUAAUAGUUGAACAGUUUGUGCUGAUCAUAGGAAAUUGACCUUUUUCUCUUUUUUGACAAGAGUUGCACGUGAAUUAUACUUUUCUUAACAUUUGAUUAAAUAAUGAAAACAGCUAAGGACUGGCAAACCCCAUACAAAUGGCCAGCUGUGAGCCAGCACUUGGCUGUGUCAACCUUGAUUUAUGUUUUUGUCAUAGUAACCCCUUGGAUGGUUUUCCAAGGUAAAAAGGAGCUCUCUGGGAUUCUGGUAGUUCCUCACUGUCUGCCUCUGUGUAGUUGGAGUGUCAUAAGCAAGCUCAGACUUGCCACUUGGUUCUAUACUUGUCACAUCCCAGAUUUGUGGUGGGCUCCGGAUGUCUGUGUGUGGCCACAGCCAAUCAGAGUGGGUGGGUCAUCUUGUAACCUUUCUGAAGGCCCAGGAGGGCUCCUGUAGAAUGUUGUACCUCCAGCCAGUUAAAGUUGCUCUGUUUCCUUUGAUCUUUGCAGAUCUUUAAGUUAUCACUGUUUUUAUGGCUAGGCAAACUUGAUUGGUGGUCUAGCCUACCCAUAUUCCAUCCUCCUAGCAUAAUUUAUUUGAAGUUACCAGUGAGUGUCGUACUCUUUUUAACUGACUUUUUAAAUUAUGCAAUAUUUCCCAGUUUUCAGAGAGGCCAUGGUUAUGCCCAGGGAAAUGUGUUGGGUUAACCAGAGCUAAAAUGAUCAGGAUCCUAUUUGCAUAAAGCUUAUUAGAAUACCUGCUCCUUCAUUUUUUGAAGGAAAUAGAUAUAAAGAUUGAGAACAGCUCUAACUUACUUGAACUUGUAACAGAGCUCCCCAAAAUUAAAGUGCCAAGAAAUGGCAGUGAAAUCUCAUUGUAAGGCAGCUAGUUCUAAUUUGGAUUUGAAUGUAUAACACACUGAAUCGCUUUUCACAAACAAAACAGCUGCCUGGAGUGAACACCUCAUUUGACCCCUUUGCUCAUAUAUCACUGUAUCUGGAGCUCUGUACCACUGUGCAGUUUACAGCUUUUCCUGCUUUAUACAUAUUCCUGCUAUAAUACAUUAUUAUAAAAUCCAGAUUGUUUUUAUCACAUGGUGGCAUUACCCCAGAUUAAAUCCUGAGCUACAGCUUCAAAAGGAACAUCAUUUUUUUUCUUAUGCAAAGGUAUAAAACACUUCUGUCAUUUUUCCAGUAUUCAGUACGUAGCCUUGGUACAAAUUUACAACCAAUACAAAUUCCCUUGUUUUUCUUCACCUCCUGACUUUAGUUUUAGUCCAAGGACUAUUUACUUUACCUUAAUGUGCCAACAUGCCAUUAGACAGAUACUUCCACCUACUUGCGUGAUCCUCCAGCAAGAGAAACACUUGCCAAAACAUAAAUCUCAAAAAGCUUUGGUUGUGCCUUAGGAAAGUAUAAAAUUAAACAGUUCUAAAACACAGGC